AUGAUAAGCUACCAAACGUUCCAGAAGAUAAUAUCUAAAACAAGACUCCGGGAACAAGCAUCCGCCCUGGUUACAAAAGCCGCAACCGGCGCCACAUUGGAAUUAAGUGGAGCGGUAACGCUAAAGGAUUUAGGCUACUGCCUGUUCGACUAUCCGGAGAAUGCUGUGACGCAACAACCAGCGGACAUGGCACCGAAGUGA